AUGGCGAACGAGAAAGAUGUGGAUCCGCAGUGGCUAUGGAUCCUGCCUGAGACGUUCGAACUCACCGAAUUUGCGAAACUGCAGCUAUCUCGAGGCGAGGCCUUCGAUCUUGGAAUUGAGCACAGCUUCAUCUUCCAUCUCAACGCAAUCGCAGAUCUCCCACAUAGGAAGGGCUCUGGAUGCAUCUUCAUUUCAAGUGAAGAGUUCAAAUCUGCCCAGGCCGAGUAUGAUUCAUUCCAAAUUGUAUGGAAGCAAUGCCACGACAAUAUUGCCCAACAACCGCCCAAAGUGUCCCUCGCGAGCUACAUACACUAUAAACACAUGUUGGAGGCUCUACGCUAUGUUGGUUUGGACUACCGAAGCAGCCUAAUAGGAUUUAUCGCGGCGUGUGUUCGCUUCAAAAGAUUAUACACACAGGGAAUGCUCGUCCAGGAUGCAGAAAAGGCACGCAAGUACGUCAAUAUCGGCGUGCACAUCGGUACCGACAUCUCCGAGCAUCCAAAUACUCUGAAGGAAGCCGCUGUCGCUUUUGCGAAGGUGUCAACAUUAGUCUCAGAUCUCACGGAUGUUGAAACACGGGAGAGCAUUAUUGAGAACUGCCACAAUGAUAAAUAUCGCUGGGCGCUGAAACGCGAGAUUUUCUGGAUUCAGACAAAGGAGCGAUAUCGCCAGGCUCUGCUAGACUUAGCUCGAGAAGAGUGUUGCGAGAAGGAGCUCAAGGGCUUGCGCGAGAAGAAGCGUGCACGCAUCGACACUGCCUAGUUGAAACAAGGAUGGGUUAUGGCACGCAUGACAUGGACAGCCUCAUACUGUCGAAGCUUGUGUUUUGAGAGAGCUCAGAAUAUACUUUGAGCGACG